AUGAUAAAGUUAUCAGAACAGGACAUUUUUUAUAAUUUCCUUUUAGAUGGAAAGCAAAAUGAAGACGGACAUUCUAUUUUGGAUACAAUUUAUUGGGUAAGAAGAAAUGGUUGUGUUCUAGUACAAUUUUGUCCAUACGUGGGAAAGUUGAACCAAACUAAAAUCGAAGGGAAGGUAUGUUUAAGAUUUGUAACUUACCAACAAAUAGAUCUUAAACUAGAUUUAAAGUUCAAAAAGGAAAAACUAAAAUCUAAUGGAAAGUUAUUAGAAGCUAAGAUAAGGAGAGCACCAGUGGCCGCCCAAAUAUUUUGGAGCGAAGAAAUAGCAAAUUUGAAAGGAGAUGUUAUAUAUUCUGGUCCAGAACAUGCAGAUGCCUUUAAAAAGGAAGAAUAUCAUGCAAUUAUUAUAGUAGGUUACGGUCAAGAAAUGAUAAAAAGGAAAUUGGUGAAAUACUGGGUCGUGAGAAACUCUCACGGUGAAGCGUGGGGAAAAGGUGGAUACGGUAAGAUAAACAGAGCUCCUUGUCACGGUAAACUAUUGAUCGACAUUGCAUGGGUGCUCGCAGGUAUAACAUACGAAGACCCAGAUGGCAAAAGAUAUCCAAAUGCUAUAGGAAAUUCUGGAUGA